GGCUGGCUGGCUGCCCGGGCACGGACCGUUUCCACUGUCUGUCCGUCCGUCCGCCUCGUCCGACCGUCUCCUACACGAUCGACGCUCCUCUUCGCGGGCUCUCGCGGUCAACGCAACGGAACGCGCGCGACGUCGACGACGUCGCCGGGAACACGGCCAGCAGGUGCCCCGUUUGUUCUUGGCCGACGUGCGCCCGCGGCGGACUUACGGCGCGGUCCAACCUCCGCGGCCUGUGACCCUGAAAACCCAGUGACAGUGCGUGUCUCCGACCUUGGCACGCCGUUCGCCAAACUUCUCCAAUGGCAGCGCGUGCAACGGUACCGGCCACAGCUGAUCAACCAAAGACCAACCAGAAUCACCCGCGACGACCUGUCCACGGAUUUCAUCGCCAGGCGUAAUCAGACAAACGGACGGAUGGCGCGUUGAAGAAUGAAUAUCGAAAGGAGAGAUUCUCGCGAGGGAACCGAAGAAAUGGAAGCCAGCGCGACUGGUUGUUCGACGGGAGCCUCGAAUUAACGAUGGACACCAGUGGAUCGAGAAUAAACGCGCCAGCAAGAGCUAUCGGAUGUACGUAGAGCAUGAAGAGGAGAAGGCUCGCCUGACUUCGUAGACACGUUCGGUGCCAGUUUGGAGGAUGGAGGAGUCCUCGCCAAGGAUUCGUCCCUAUCUGGAUUGCUGGGACAGCCAUAGGAAAGAGAGAAUGUUCAAGAGAUCCUGUUAAAUGGAAUUUAAAGGCAAGCAGAACGAAGACAAGUACUCGGUGGCGAACAGCCAAGCGUCGUUGCAGGCAGGCGUGGAUGAGCACCCGGAAAGAGGCACAUGGACGGGGAAAUUCGACUUUCUGCUGUCCCUUCUGGGGUACAGCGUCGGGCUUGGCAAUGUCUGGCGUUUUCCGUACCUCUGUUACUCGAACGGAGGUGGUGCUUUUCUGAUACCGUUCUCGGUGAUGCUCAUCAUCGCCGGACUGCCUCUCAUGUUCAUGGAGCUUUCCUUAGGGCAGUACGCGAGCCUUGGCCCAGUGGCAGCCUACAAACGCUUCUGCCCCUUGCUACGCGGCCUGGGAUACGGAAUGGUCCUCAUCAGCUCGGUCGUGAUGCUCUAUUACAACCUGAUCAUCGCCUGGACGCUUUACUACAUCUUCGUCUCCCUCACCGGCGCUGGUAAACUGCCGUGGAGCAAGUGCGAGCCACCCUGGAGCACAGAGGAUUGUUUCAUGCCAGAAGCUGCCGAAGCAUGCGUGUCUCAAAACAUGACGUACUUCAAAAGAAGAUGCUUAAAUUCUACCCAAAUGGCCUCCAUGGGUCUGACUAUCGAAAAUAUCACUAGUGCCAUUAGAAAACCACCGGCCGAGGAAUAUUUCAAUAAUCACGUCUUGGGGAUGAGCAGCGGAAUAGAAGAGACAGGAUCCAUUCGACCCUGGAUGGCAAUAAACCUUCUCUUGGCUUGGAUCAUCGUCUUCCUAUGUCUGAGCAAGGGUGUUCAAAGCUCUGGGAAGGUUGUCUACUUCACUGCUCUCUUCCCUUACGUCGUUCUGAUCGCUCUCUUCAUUCGGGGAAUUCAGCUUCCUGGCGCCAGCGAGGGCAUUAUCUAUUAUCUGACGCCCGAUUGGAAAAGACUAAUGUCCGCGAAAGUGUGGAGCGACGCCGCGGUGCAGAUCUUCUUCGCCCUGAGCCCAGCCUGGGGCGGUUUGAUAACGCUCAGCUCCUACAACAAGUUCAACAACGAUUGCUACAAGGACUCGGUGAUCGUCGCCAUCAGCAACAUCGGCACGUCCUUUUUCGCCGGUUUCGUGAUCUUCUCGGUGAUUGGGUUCCUGGCCCACGAGCUCGACGUCCCGGUCGCCUCCGUCGUCGAUCAAGGCGUUGGAUUAGCGUUCAUCGUCUAUCCUGAAGUAGUUGCACGUUUGUCGGUCGCGCCGAUUUGGUCGUUGCUUUUCUUCGUGAUGCUUCUCACCCUGGGCCUCGAUUCGCAAUUCGCUCUGAUGGAGACCGUCACCACCGCUAUACUCGACGCGUUUCCGGCCCUGAGGAACUUCAAAGUGUGGGUGGUCCUCGCGGCGGCUGUUUUCGGCUACGCUGGUGGAAUUAUCUUCACCACCAACGCCGGGGUGUACUGGUUACAAUUGAUGGACAAAUACGCGGCCAAUUGGUCGGUAUUAUUGAUCGCUAUAGGCGAGUGUGUUCUCGUCGGUUGGAUUUACGGCGCGGAUCGAUUCCUCGACGACGUCCAGCUGAUGAUCGGGCCGCAGAGUCGUCUUUGGAUGUUCUUCUGGACAUGGAUGUGGAGAAUCGUGACCCCGGCGACGUUGUUCUUCAUUCUUUUCUUCAAUUGGAUCGAAUACCAGCCUCUGACCUACGGCGGUUAUGUUUAUCCAAAAUGGGCGAACUGCGUCGGAUGGAUCAUCGGGCUGAUACCCGUUCUGGUCAUCGUUGGCAUGACUCUCAAUCAAUUGAGGGACCCCCGUCGACGAACUGCCUACGACGACGAGGAUGGUGACGGCGAGGACGAGGAGGAUCUGAACAGGUCGUCCUAUCAGAGACACGGCAAGGGCAGGACGAAGAAGAGCAGGUGCAUGAGCGUGUGGUGGCGCGCCAAAGUACUUUUGCAACCGACCACCGAGUGGCGACCGGCCGUCAGAAAUCCUUCGACCCCGUCGAGAAUCCUCACUCACACGCCGUCGCCAGGGCCACCAGGAGGAUACGAUUCCGUGCGAAACACCAUAGUCCUGGUGUACGGUCAGCCGAUGAUGAUGCAGCCGUCGUGCUCGUCAGGCACGUCUCAGAAGCUGCCUGGACCGUCGAUCCUCAAGAAUUUAAGUAAAACCGACUUGAUCACGUCCCAACAAGUUUGACACGAUGUUCAUUUCACAUCCGAGGACGAGUCUGCCGAAGAGUCUGUCGCCAAAUAAUACAACACGUCAGCAAAAAGGUAGUUGCGUAUCGCGAUUAGGUUCGUAACGAUCGAUCGAUCGAUAGGAAGUUUCGGGAAGGAUGAUUACGAACGUACGGAUAGAAGAGAAAUUUACGAGACUAUUUAUUUUAUAUACGUAUUCGACAGAAUCCGGUAGUACCUUCUAUUUUUGAUUCGAGGUAGUCAUGAUUUCAUCAAAGAUCGGUUUUCAUUUCGACGAAAGUAUCUGAGCCUUCUUCGUUGGUUACACUUUAGAGCAUUGUUAUAGACAUUUAGAGGUUUUAAAGUUUUCGAUGUCGACUGGUUCGACACGAGCGUUGAUUUAGGAAACGAAUACGACUAUUAGCGAAAGAGUUUAUUUGAUUACCGGUAUUCCUAAGUGCGAAUCGUAAUUGAGUCGUUCCGCACCGUGAUUCGUCUAUUGUAAGCGUUCAGGACCGUAGCGUUGCACGAUCGACAGGGAAUUAAUCGGUACGAGGUAAUUGUGAAACGUUCCGUACACGUUGCGAUGUAAACAUUAGAAUUACGCUACUCUACUGCUUUUCGAUUGUACAUAAAAACGUAAGGAAUUAACAAUUGUGUACGUAUUCUAGAAAAGAAAGUUACGUAUUUAUCGCUGCACUCAAGCGACACACAAAAUUAGGAGACGCGAACGUUCGUUCUGAUCAAAUUGGGCGCGACAUUGGUUAAUUGCACCCCGCGCGUGUUUCAUCCACGGUAACGUUAAUUGCGUAGCGAUGGGUUUAGGCGUUUCGAACGAUAGACAUUCGAUGUAGCCGGUUGAACGAUCGAGAGGUCCCGUUUCGUCGGCAAUUUAUUGAAUUUCCCCGGCAAAAGUAUUUUAUCGCGAACGGUUCGCCGUUACGAGAUCGUAAGUUUUAUAAAUUUAUAGUUUCGCUACCGGUUGAGUAUUUCUCGAUGUUGACUCGCGAAAUGUGCGUUAUCCUCGUUGAUAGAGUUCCAGUGAAACAAACGGAGAUUCUUCGAUCAAUAUAAAGUAUAUAUACGGUUUAAGAUGAACGAUACGACGGAAAACUAUACUUCGGGACGCUACGAUAUUCACUCUAAUUAUCACAACGCUACAACGCUGACGAUCCAUUGAAUAACGCUUGGACGACUCGUCGCUAGGAACUCUAGAGGACUCGAAACGACUGACGAUUACCGUAGCAUCGCAUUUUAAAACAAUUACACGCAUUUCAGGAACCCUUCCAGCCACACCUUUAAAUUAGAAUUAAAGCUUUCUUCCUACAUUGACUCAUCGAUGUCCUCCAACAGAGAAACGGCAACAAUCGUUACUCGACGCGAAUAGAAUAUUUUAUUUUCAACCCGGUCGUCUCGAUUGUUGCUUUAUUUUUGGCCGAUGUUUUAACUCUUUAAGCGUAGUUGAAGACAAAGUAGACACAUGUAUAACUAUAGCCGAACAUACUCGUGUAUUUAUUUCGCCAACUAUUGGCUUCGGUACUUAAAAAUAAUUGAAAAGUCUGCGCAACGUUUAACGAUCCUCACCUUUUAUUUUUAUUCCAUACAAUUGAUUCUUACCUGCUGAGUACUAUCUCUAUUAUUAUCAAGAGCGAUCAACGUAAACGCGGCAUAGCGCUUAAAGGGUUAAAUAGUUAAGUGUUACGCUAAUAUAACUUUCAGGCAGACCUGGCCACCUUUGGAAUACUAUUUUAAACGAUACGUUUUCUCGCAGCACGGUCAUUUUAUUUUUAAAAUACUGUCGCAUUAAAUAAAAAAUGGCUCGGAAGCUCUUAACGGUUGUCAACCAUUUCUUUUUAUCGUUAGUUUUGUUCCUCCUUAACAGUUCGAUACUUUCGGCGAAAGUGUAGCUCGGUUCGAAAGAUAACUUAUUUAAAAUAGUUUCAAACAAAUCGACGUAUCGUUUUCAAUUUUCGCUCGAACGUGUCCAGGUUUGCUUUCGGAUAGAGAAGAGAAGCGCGAUAUUGGAGGAAGACGAAGAACGCUUGAUUUCUCGGUACCGGUUCAAAGUAAAGAAUAUUUUCGCACGAAUUAGGGUGAUUGUCGAGCGUUCCUGCACACGCGCGCCUCCGAUUCCUAUUAUUUUCGGGCUGUCGAGGUCUUUCAGGGAAAUAGAUUAAAUAGACGUUGCGCGGAGACUGCAUGCCACGUUAGAGGGACGAUAUUUUUGUGCCGAUCACGGAUGACGGAAGGGUGAGGGGGACGAGAAGGAGGGGUGUCGUUUCACGGGUCAGCGAGAAAGCGUUUUCGGAUCGUUUCCGACCCAACAUAGGAAAUAUAAAUAAACAUUAAGUCGGUGAAGUCGAGAUGUUAGACAAUUACGCGUACGUACAGUCAAUAACGUGAGAGAUCGUGAUUCUUUAUUUUUUAUGUGACCCCAUUUGUAAAGUGUUGCUAGCUGUAUCGUAUAUAAUAUUACAUUUAUCGUACCAAGUAUAUAUAUAUAUAUAUAUAUAUAUAUAUAUAUAUAUAUGUAUAUACAGGAUGCUUCGAGAAACUGGGCCCAACCAUAGUCUCUGAACCGUACGAGAUAGUCAAGUCUAAAACAUCUUUUGAAAUAUUCCAUUUUUUUUUUUAGAGAAAAUAAAUGCGAGUGUACAGAAUUUUAAUUAUCAAAGCAAUCAACAAAUACUCGAUAUCGUUUUCGUCCGAUUUUCUAUCUUUUACGGUUCGAGAGUUCUGGCUGGACCCAGUCGCGCGAAACACCCUCUAUAUAUACAUACACAGACGUUACAGAUAUACAUAUAGUAUAUAUACAUAUGACAUAUAUAUGUAAUAUAUAAAUAUAUUUAUAGACGCUUGUACAUUGGUGUACGCGUCGCAUAGUUUAUUACGUGUACAAAAGAAGUAUAAAAACGACACGAUCGUCGUUUGACACAAGAGGCUAAGGGCGGAGAGACAAAACAAAGAGAAUUGAAAGAAUAAAGGAGAAAAAAGAGAAAACGAGAAAAAAAAAAAAAAUACAAUUAACAUUAAACGAAACCCGCUGCGUUCAAAAAUUAAAAACAGAAGAAUAACUAAAUAUGUUAACUCAUAUCCGUGAGCGUGCGAAAGUAAACGAUGCGUGAGAUGUUGCGUUUCCGUGUGUGAACAAAUGAAGAAAGUGUGUACGUUGAGAGCGUAUACGUAUAUUUUCUAGUGUAAAAAUGGGCCUAACUCCACUUUUCGUCCUCUCAACGAUCCACGCGCACAUGUUGGAUGGUUGCGUACACUUUUACAAAAUUCCUCUUUUCGUUAGAAUUUUUUCACCCGCGUACGGAGAUCGCUGCCAAAUUUUUUGACGUUAAUCGAUCAUUUAUACGGAUGUCACAAUAUUUAUUAGAAGGUUCUUCGGUUACUAUACGGGAUAUCAUAAAGAAAACGAAGAAUAAACUUCGUUUUGUACGAAGCUUUGUUUUCGGUAUAAUCGAUCUUAGAAACGCGCGUAGAAUUUAGUUAGUGAUCGAUUAGUUUGACGAUAAUAACCUCUCGAGUGUUCGAAUAGCUCUUCCUUAUAAUUACCGAGUAUUAACAGUACUUUUUUUCCAGGUAAAUAAUCAACCACAGAUUUUCUGAAUUUACGCGAAACCAAAGAUUCGUACAAACGAUCCGUGUACUUUAAUUUCAAUAUGAUUUCCGUUGGAUCUAGUUUGCAAACUAUCGAGGUGGAUGUUAGAAGUAAGUAAUCGCCCUUUGCCAUCGAUCCUUUGCUCAAAAGGACGAACUAGUGGAGGAGGAUCCUCGCCAUCCGCGUGCAGGAUGGAUCCUCGGUGACCUAAUUAACGUCUUAGAAUCUAGUCGUUGUUAAUAUUCAGAGCUUCGGAGAAUAGGCAAAAAACCAUUCGACAAGAACAGACACUCGAAUCCCAAGAAUCGGAAUUCGUUUCCAAUCGAGCCACGUCUCGCGUCGAAGACAGUGAAAGUUUACAGAAUCGAUUCCCAAUUUCGAAUUUCUCUCCGCCGACAACAAUCUGUAAUUGUAAUGAUAAAAACCGGUCGAUGGAAAGUCUCCAACGCUCCCGACUAAAAUAUUAUUUUCACCGUGCGGACAAUUGUUUCGUGUUUAAUUUUACGAAAAGAGGUAUAGACUAAUCGCCCAGCAACCAUGUUGAAAUUAGAGGGGGGGAGGGGAAAACAAAACGCGAGAUACGUUUCGAACUAGCCAUAUCCGAGACAUAAUCAAGAACAUAAUUCCUUUGUUAAGGGCGUCCCCCACCCCGUUCCUUUGAAAAGAACCGUUAAAUCGAUAUAAACAGACGACAGUCAGCGACGAAUUGCGAUCGUUGAUUGAUAUACUUGGGAUUCGCGAUGGAAGGGCGACUGAUAGAUAAGCAUUUCAUAAACUUUAAUGUCCUUAGGCUAAGUAGGCGAAUCUAAUGCAGGUUUAAAAAGGAAUUUAAACAAAAGAUUGAAAUUAGCGCGUCAUUAACA